CGAGAUCACCUCACUCACUCUCUCUCUCCCUCUCUUUAGAAAUAAAAGAAAAAGAGAGAAAGCUACUUUUAAUCCGAAAUUUGUGAGAGAGAGAGAGAGAAGAACAGAAGCAGUCAGAAGUUUUCUGUUUCAAUAAUUGAACUACUACCAUUCUUCUCAUCUCUUUCAUUUCAGAUAUUUUUAUUUAUUUUUAAUCUCUCUUCUUUGUAAUUCGAUCUCCCUCCUCACUCUCUCUGCAUGGAAGCUACUGAGUUAUGAUCUUUACUCUCACCUGAUCUGACUGUCUUUUUAACUGAGAAGCAACGAUCAUCUCUAAUGGCUGCCGAUGAACUUCCAUCUCCUCCAACACCAAACACUUAUUACUCAUCUCCAAAAUUUAGGUUUUUCUGUUCCAGGAUCACUCCUUUUGACUCCAUCCUCAGCCCUACUUCAAUCCUCGAAGCCAACCCUUCCUUCUUCUCCUCCAAAAACCCUAAACUCGAGCCAACAUUAAUCCCUAAACCCCAAAGGUUUCACCCUCCUGAAGCCUUUGGCCUCGCCGAUCUUGUACAAAACAGAGGCCACUCGACCAAACCUGUCAACAAAAUGGUCAUUUUCGGGUCAAAGCUCAGAGUCCAGAUCCCUUGUUCCGAUUUUGGAACUAAAACCGGUCCUACUACCCAGAUGAGGCAUCCUCAUGGUCAUGGACAGCUCACCAGCCCUUGUCUCAAAACAAAGGUAAGCGAGAUUGAUCAGACGGAAGACUACACUUGCGUCAUAUCUCACGGUCCAAACCCAACCAUCACACAUAUCUUCGACAACUCUGUUUUCGUGGAGGAGGCGACUCCUCCUCCUCCUCCUUGCUCUCUUCCUUUGCCCUUGGAGACUUAUAAGAAAACGGACACUGGUUUUCUAAGCAACUGCUACACCUGCAAAAAGAUUCUUGACCCAAAACAUGACAUCUAUAUAUACAGAGGAGAGAAAGGAUUUUGCAGCAGUGAGUGCAGGUACCAGGAGAUGCUUCUUGAUCAAAUUGAGACCUAGCAUCUGCCACCUUCUUCUCUUUUUUUUUUUGUUCUCUUCUAUCAUUUUAUCACAAAAUUUUACCUUUUUUUAAUGUUAUUAUUAUCUUCUUCUUCUUUUCUCCACUUCUUCUCUUUUUUGUUCUCUUCUAUCAUUUUGUCACAAAAUUUUACUUUUUUAAAAAAUGUUAUUUCUCAUGUUAUUAUUAUCUUCUUCUUCUUCUUCUUAGGGGGUAUUCCUUGUAAUAACAAUGCCUGCAAAAUAUAUAAAAGAUAGAGAGUUGCUGUCAUGUUGAUAACUCUCCUUUUAUCAUGAAAGUGAACUGGAUAGAUUAAAAAUAUCGUAAAUCUUGACGAA